AUGGCCCCGGGCGACUACGCCUCGGUGGGGACGGGCAAGCUGAAGCUCAAGGGCGUCAAGGACAGCAAAGUGGACAAGAAGAAAAAGAAGAAGAAAUCGAAGCUAGAGCCAGAACCUGAGCUUGAUGGCAACGUUGAUGAUGAUAACGAGCGUUUUCAAGACCGCUCGGUCAUGCUGCAGAACCUGAGGGCUGAAGAUGCGUUGAUCGCGAAGGAGAAGAGGAAAGGGAGGUUGGGAGAUUGGAAUGAUGAUGAUGAUGAUGGUGGUGGUGGUGACGACGACGACGCUGCUGCUGGCCCUGGGCAGAAAGAAGGUCACGGUCACGGUCACCAUCGAGACGACGAAGCGAGAGAAGCUGUCAAGACGGACGCCGAGAGGAGAUAUGAAGAACAGCGGCGGAAACGGCUCGAGGAACGGCUGAAACGAGAAGGCGUCAAGACUCACAAGGAGCGUGUUGAGGAGUUGAACCGCUACCUCAGCAGUCUUAGCGAACAUCACGAUAUGCCUAGGAUUGGACCGGGAUAA